AUGUGUCACUACUCAGAUCACGGAGUAGCGGAAUGUGAUCCUUGUCCCCCCGGAUCCUUUAUAGACUUCACCGGGGCUACUUACUGCAAGUCCUGUCCUGUCGGCCACUACCGCCAGAAGCCGGGAUAUGACGACUGUGAGCCGUGUCAGAAGGGCUCAGCUGCUGAGGUGGAGGGGAGUUUGCAGUGCCCUAAGUGUCUGGUGGGCGAGCACCAGGGCCAGGAGGGACAGGCUACGUGCGACAAGUGUCCCGCCGGCUACUUCCAGAACAAAGUAGGAGCGGAGAAGUGUGAGGCGUGUCCAGCAGGAACAUUCUCCCAGCAAGGGUCUGGGUACUGCGUGAAAUGUCCGGCUGGAUCCUACACUGACAAGGAGGGACAGGGACAGUGUUAUCUCUGUCCUGCUGGGUCUUUCAAUGACGACGAAGGCUCUACAGGGUGUGACCUAUGUGCAGCAGGAAGUGCGGCCCCUAAAGCUGGAGCUGCUAUGUGCGAGGUUUGCGGGGCUGGUUUCUACUCUGAACAGGGGGCUGACGAGUGUUUAGAGUGCAAACCCGGACAUUACAACGACCAGGACGGUUCCGGGACCUGUAUAGCGUGCAGUGCAGGAAGUUUUGCACCAGGCACUGGUAAUACAGAGUGUGUUCCUUGUCCGGCCGGCCAAUACUCUGAGAGUGAUGCUGCUGAUAAGUGUGUAGAUUGUCAAGCUGGUACUGUUGCUGAAGUGGAAGGCUCCACGAAGUGCGCUGCUUGCUCUGCUGGUACUUUUGCGUACGGGGAAGGGAACCUCAAAUGUAAAGAAUGUUCCAAAGGUUCCUUCUCUGGUAGUGACGGUAUGGACCACUGCAACAAGUGCUCUGCAGGCUCCUUUUCUUCUGAAGACGGUUCCUCUAAUUGCACAUUGUGUCCCGCGGGCAGUUUAAAUUGGGCAGGGGGGAGCCUAUCCCGCAACCCCUGCUCUUUGGUACCCCCCGGCAACUGGGAAAGGGUCUCUAAAGUUUCUCUGCCUGUGGGACAGUCAGAGUGUUCCCCGUGUCCAGCUGGACACGCUCAAAGUCUCCCUGCUCAGGACUCCUGCUACAUCUGUCAACCAGGCCAGUACUCACCCACUGAGGGUAGCACUAGGUGUUCCCAGUGUCCCGCUGGUUCCUUCUCCAACCAAGCAGGAAAGUCCUUCUGCACGGUGUGUCAGGGAGGUUGGUACCAGCCCUACCCCAAGCAGAAGGAGUGUAAGAUCUGCCAAGCAGGGACUGCUCAGGGUAAGGAGGGGGCUACAGAGUGUAAUGUGUGUGAACCUGGCUCCUUCAGCAACAAAGAUGGAGCACUAGAUUGCAUCCCCUGCGCUGAGGGAUCCUCCCAAGGUAACGAAGGGCAGACUAGCUGUAACGUAUGUAAAGGAGGGCAGUACGCCGGAGGGGAAGGUAACCUGAAGUGCGGGGAGUGCGCUGCAGGCUCCUUCUCCCAGUCAGGGGCGGGUAACUGCACCCUCUGUUCUGCUGGUUCCUACUCCACCUCCACCUCCUCCCGCUCCAAGUGCUCUCUCUGUGAACCCGGCAGGUUCGCCUCAGGAGAGGGUAAUACGGAGUGUCUGAGUUGUGAGGCCUGGGUCCUAUGCUGA